UCUAGAUCGGGCGCACUGUAGCAGUUGACCAAAAAAAGGCUCACCAUGUCUUCCUCGGGAUAUGUGGUUGCCCCUCGGUGCACGGUGAUCUUCGAUGGCACCAACUAUGCUGAGUUUGUGGGUUUCAUGUGCAUCCACAUGCGCGGUCUUCUCCUGUGGGGCGUUUUCUCUGGCGAGGUCCCCUGUCCGCCAUGUCAUGUUGCUCCUGUGGCUCCUAUCCCGCCGGUCCCGCCUGUUCUUGCUGCCGACGCUUCUCAGGCUGAUCGGGAUGCAGCCAAGGCCCUUGAUGAUGUUGCGGUGGAUGCUUAUGAUCAGCAGGUAUCCGCUUACUCAGAUGCUCUUUCUGUUUACCGGGAUGAUCUGUCUGCUUACACUCAGUGGUGCAACGAUGAUGCUCGAGCGGCUCCGGUUCUCACUGCGAGUGUCUUACCCCAGUCUGCGUCUGAGUUCAUGGGUCUUGGUACUGUUGCUGCGAUGUGGACCUAUCUUUGUCACUGAUAUCAGCCAUCUGGUGAUGCUCUCUACCUAUCUGUGGUGCGUCAGGAGCAUGCUCUGCAGCAGGGUGACUCUUCUAUUGAUGAGUUCUACUCCCAGAGCUCUGCCAUCUGGCGUCAGCUUGACUCUCUCCAGACUGUGGUUUGUGGUACUUGCCGCUGUUGUCAGACUGUGCGGUCAGACUUGGAGUUUCAUCGUCUCCACGAGUUCCUACCUCGCCUUCGCUCAAAGUUUGAGCCUCGGCGUGCUCACCUGCUUGCUCGUGGUCGUGUUCCUAUUUCGGAGGUGCUUGCCGAGCUUCGUGCUGAGGAGACACAUCUCCGGUCUGCUGAUCUGCUUGUGGUUCCCACUGUUCUUGCUGCCCAAGCUCUUGUGUUGUCUGCUCACCUCACUACUCCACCGCUCCUGCCCACACCUCCAGGGGGGCGUUUCACCCUCCUUCAGGAGAGGGUCGGUCGUGCUCGCACACCUUCUGUGGCUACUGCAACAGGCCAGGUCACCCAGAAUCAGAUUGUCACAAGAAGCGGAGAGACCUGAAGCGCUCUUCAUCUAGUGGGACUCGUGCGUCUUCCUCGACUGCGUCGCUUACUGACCAGGAUAUUCUGCGGCUCAAGCGCAUGUUGGCCUCAUCCGGUUCUUCCUCGACGGGUUCUGUUGCCGUCGUGACAGCCACCACCACUCUGCCCCCGCCGGAGCCUACUCAGACAGGAUCGUCGCACUCAGGCUCUGGUUGGCGCUGGCCCUCGGCGCCGUGAGUCUGAGGGCCUUUGGGAGGUUGACUGGCUUCGUGUUCCUUCCGCUGCUACCACAUACGCCAGCUCCCAUGCUCUUGCUGCCUCCUCUUCUGUGUCCUUCCAGCAGUGGCAUCAUCGACUUGGUCACAUCUGUGGCUCUCGCUUAUCCUCAUUAGUACACCAAGGCGUCUUAGGGUCUGUCUAUGGUGAUGUUUCGUUGCAUUGUGAUGGUUGUAGGCUUGACAAACAGACCCAGUUACCUUAUCCUACCAGUGAGUCUGUAUCUCAGC